CCGCUGCGUAAGAGGCUGGUGGUGGCUGGGUAUGUGAAUGGUCCUCGGGCGGCGGGAAAGACGAUCCGUCACGCGCGUCUGCGGGAGAGCUAGGAUUCUGCAUUGCUGCUGUCUCCUGGACACCUGAUCCUUCUUCGAAGUCACUGUUACCUGUUCUCUAGACAUCAUGGAUGCGGAGGAAGAUGAAUUGUCUCUGCUGACCGCAUUGCUAGAGGAGAACGAGUCAGCCUUGGAUUGUGAUUUACAAGAGAGCCACUACGUGACCCAGGAUGAUGGUAAACCUGACGCAUUUGAUGAGCUCUUUGAUGCUGAUGGUGAUGGUGAAUCUUACACAGAGGAGGUUGAUGAUGAUGAAGUGGAAAAGACUCAAGACCAAAAGGAAAAUUUGGCUACUCUCUUUGGAGAUAUGGGGGACUUAUCCGACGAAGAAGAAGCUCCUACAUUGCAUCCAGCUAAAAACAGACCCCUCCCUGCUCCUGCUUCCACUCAAGGGAAAACUAAUCAAGAGUUGCAAGAUGAAUUAAAGAAGUUGCAAGAGCAAAUGAAAUCCUUACAAGAACAGCUAAAAAUGGCUACAAUUAAACAGCCUGCAAGUCCAGCCCGUCCACAUAAACCCCCUGAUAAGUCUCCUCGUCCCCCUCUUAAGGAGAAGAAAGUUCAGAGAAUUCAGGAGUCAACAUGCUUUUCUGCAGAACUUGAUGUCCCUACUCUACCAAAGACCAAGCGGGUGGCUCGGACACCGAAAGUUUCACCUGCAGAACCCAAAAGCUCACUUUCAUGGAUGACAAGUGCACCCUCUCAACCACUCCAAAUGACUCCUGGUAACAAACCUAGUGGGAUGACUAGAGAUUCCUGUGCAGGGACCCCCAAGAGUUCUGGGGAGACAACAGAGCCGGUCUCCAUGGAAGCUUUCUCCGGCCUGAGGCUCAGACGGCCUCGAGUGUCCUCCACAGAAAUGAACAAGAAAAUGACCGGUCGAAAACUGAUUAGACUGUCUCAGCUCAAGGAAAAGAUGGCAAGCGAGAAGCUGGAAGAAAUAGACUGGGUGACAUUUGGGGUUAUAUUGAAGAAAGUCACUCCGCAGAGCUUUAACAGUGGGAAAACAUUUAGCAUCUGGCGACUGAAUGAUCUUCGUGACCUGACACAGUAUGUGUCGUUGUUCUUGUUUGGAGAAGUUCACAAAGAACUCUGGAAGACUGAGCAGGGUACUGUCAUAGGGCUGCUCAAUGCUAACCCCAUGAAGCCCAAGGAUGGUUCAGAGGAGGUGUGCUUAUCUAUUGAUCAUCCUCAAAAGGUCUUAAUUAUGGGUGAAGCUCUUGACCUGGGAACCUGUAAAGCAAAAAAGAAGAAUGGAGAGCCGUGUACCCAGACUGUUAAUUUGAAGGACUGCGAGUACUGUCAGUAUCACGUCCAGGCCCAGUAUAAGAAGCUCAGUGCCAAGCGAGCUGACUUGCAGUCCACCUUCUCCGGAGGACGAAUUCCAAAGAAGUUUGCCCGCAAAGGCAUUGGCCUGAGAGAACGGCUGUGUCAGGAUGGUUUUUACUAUGGAGGGGUUUCUUCAGCAUCAUAUGCAGCCUCGGUUGCAGCAGCUGGCGCUCCUAAAAAGAAGAUUCAAACCACUCUGACUAAUCUGGUUGUGAAGGGCACAGAUUUGAUCAUUCAGGAGACUCAACAAAAACUCGGAAUAGCCCAAAAGAGCUUGUCUUGCUCUGAGGAAUUCAGGGAAUUGAUGGACUUGCCUACGUUUGGAGCCAGAAACUUGAAACAACAUUUAGCCAAAGUCAAGUCAUCAGGGAUCACGGGGUGCCCGAAACCUGCUUUCCAGUCUAUCUCAGCAUCAGCUCUGCUGAAGCAACAGAAACAGCAUAUGUUGGAGAUGAGGAAAAAGAAAUCAGAAGAAAUCACUAAACGAUUUUUGCAAAGCUCAAGUGAGAUCACCAGCCCAACUGUGCCAUUGUCUUCUGGACAACCCUCUUCUCAGUCUCCAUCCACAGGGGCUGAGUUCCCCAGGCUACAAGGAACCCCAGCCAUACAGGCACCCAAGCUGGGACGAGGCAUCUCAGCAGAAGAUGACGUUCUUUUUUUUGAUGCGUCACCACCUCCAAAACCCAAACUGAGUGCUUUAGCAGAAGCCAAAAAGUUAGCUGCUAUAACCAAAUUAAAGGCAAAAGGCCAACUUCUUUCAAAGACAGACCCAAACAGCAUUAAAAAGAAACAAAACGACCCCCAGGAUGUCCUUGAAGUGAAGAAACGUGUGGAAAAGAAUACCACUUUGUCUCCUCAAGCUGAGGAUGAAUUGGAGCCUGCCAGGAAAAAAAGGAGAGAACAGCUUGCCUACCUGGAAUCUGAGGAAUUUCAGAAAAUUCUAAAAGCAAAAUCAAAGCACACGGGGAUCCUAAAAGAGGCUGAGGCUGAGCUGCAGGAACUCUAUUUUGAGCCACUGGUGAAGAAGGAACAAAUGGAAGAAAAGAUGAGAAACAUCAAAGAAGUGAAAUGCCGAGUGGUGACAUGCAAGACGUGUGCCUACACCCACUUCAAGCCUUUGGAGACCUGCAUCAGUGAGCAGCAUGACUACCACUGGCACGACGGCGUGAAAAGGUUUUUCAAGUGUCCCUGUGGAAGCAGAUGUAUCUCCCUUGACAGGCUACCCAGAAAGCAUUGCAGGAACUGUGGCCUCUUCAGGUGGGAACGGGACGGAAUGCUGAAGGAAAAGAUGGGUCCAAAGAUAGGAGGAGAAACCCUGUUACCAAGAGGAGAAGAACAUGCCAAAUUCCUGAAUAGCCUUAAAUAGCCCCAACUUACCAAGAUACGCAUAACCUGCAUUGCUUCUUGUGAUUCUGGAAAGCAGGGAUUGGUUCUAUGUGGCCCGUAUUCCUGAUUGGCACAGUGAAAACAAAUACUUGUAAAGCCCACAAGCUUUGCAUAUGGACUUCCCUCCACUGUGUUGAUUUGACACUGAAUUUAACAUGGACCUUUAAGUGGAAAGUCAACAUGCUAUUGUUUUUACUAUCGUUUUAUUCACACAGAUUUUUUUGCCCCCAAACUGGAAGGUAAAUUGAGAGCUGUGUUUCUGUAUCUCUUGGAUCAUAGGGCGUGCAUUGCCGCUUCUUUAUCACGGUGAGGCGCUAGUCUAGUGUUUACGUAGACUCAGAGGCAAAAGAAUUAAUUUAGCUCACCCCAGAUUAAUUGUUUAACUUGUAGGAUUCAGUUUCCUUAUCUGUAAAAUGAGGAAGGGUGGAACAAUGAUCCUGAAAUGUGUCUUUUAACACUCAAAUUCUACAAAUACGUAACUUUUUUAUCUAGAUCGUUAUGGUCAUUGCUCUGUUAGAGGUGUGAGUUGGCAGGCAGGCACUCCAUCCACUGAGCCACACCAGCCGGGCUGCCCUUCACAUAAUUUCAAUAUGUUGGUAUUAUGAGCCAGGUUUUUUUUUUUCUGUUCCAUUUUCUGUUUUGUUUGGGGGGGUUGGGGUUGUUUUGUUUUGUUUUUUAAAACAAUUGAUAAGGUCACCAAACCGCUGUCAUUUUAAUUCAUAUCAGAAUGGCUCUCAGUGCCCAUAUAAUAUUGUGGAGCUUUGACUGGAAAUACCUAAAAACCUCAUCAUUUUAAAAUAUGAUUUAAAGAAACUGAAAUCUCUAACCAAAAUGAAUGCAACAUUUGAGAAACUAUGGAGCAUGGCUGAAAAAACAGAAACGUUCCAUAAAGAAUGGAGUUUGGGAUUUGCACAUAUGCUUUAUUAUAAACAUCAAGAAUUACAGUUCAAGCCCCAGUCACAUUACCAUCAAAAAGUCCCCUUUGGAACAUUCCUCUUCCUGUACAACCUGCCUUUCCAAAUCCCAUUUGGCCCAAGUGAAUGCUGGUGUCACCUAAAGGCUGGGUAAAUUGGUAGGAUUAUUAUACUGGGAUUGAAACUCUGGCUAGAGAUAGAUUAGGUUUCCCCAAGAUGGCGUCAUGGUAAGAACAGCACAAUUCUGGGAGGUGGUCGUGGGAGAUAUUUAGGUGUAUAAGAGCCAGAAAUAAAAUUCGAGUGCCUUAGAUCUUGUCAAAUUCUCUGUGUGGUAGAAGGUGCUGGUAAGUGUUUAAUACUUAAUAAGAACCAAAAAUACUUGAAACUAUGAUAUAGCCCUGGCUAGUAUAGCUCAGUGGAUUGAGCACAGGCCUGUGAACCAAAAGAUCACGGUUCCAUUCCCCGUCAGGGCACAUGCCUGGGUUGUAGGCCAGUUCCCAGCAGGGGAUGCACCAGAAGCAACCAUACAUUGAUAUUCCUCUCCUUCUCUCCUUCCCUUCCCUUCUAAAGAUAAAUAAAUAAAUAAUUUUAAAAAAAGAAACUAUGAUAUUAAUGGUUCACAUAGAGUACAUUAUUUGUCCCAUGAACUUAGAAUAGGUAUGUAUUUGAAGUAGGUCCCGACUGAGCAGCUGCCUAGAAAUUGAACUCCAGGUUGCUCUGAGUAGUGAGAACAUGUUUUUGUUUGAACCAAGAGCUUCCGAGUCCAUAUUCACUUGUAUAUUAUAUGUAAGUAGUGUAAUAUUCUUGUAAAGAUGGAUGGUGAGCUGAACCUAGAUGCCUUUUUAAAAAAUGACUUUAGCCCUGGCUGGUGUGGCUCAGUGUGUUGAGUGCCAGCCUUCCAAUGGAAGGGUUGCCAGUUUGAUUCCCAGUCAAGGCACAUUCCUGGGUUGCGGGCCAGGUCCCCAGUUGGGGGCAUGUGAGAGGCAACUGGAUCGAUGUAUCUCUCACAUCAGUGUUUUUCUCCCUCUCUCCCUCCCUUCCCCUCUAAAAAUAGAUAGAAUCUUUUUUAAAAGUAAAAAAUAAAAUUUGAUUUUGAAUUUUAAAGUAGUUUAAAAAUAUAAUUUAAUGACUACUCAGUUACUCUAGAUAUUGGACUGUUUUCAUUUGAGGUGCUGGGUGUCUGCACGCCUGCUUAAAAUAUUCAUGGAUGAGAAGGGGUGGGUAGGCUAGAAGGGUGACUUGUUUGCAUUGAAAGUAGGAUUCAUCGAUGAGAUCUUUUAAUCCCACUGCCUAUCAGUGUGUAUUGAAUGUUAUCAUAUAAAACCAAAAUGUGUGUUUAAUUUUUCUUGCCUUGUUGGCAGUGUAGGACUUACUGUGUAGUCACAGACCUUCCGAACAGGUGAAGUACACAGAGCAAAAACUGGCUGUGUCCUGCCUGAGAAUAUUCUGUUCUGAUCUUCACAAAUAGGUCCUCCCUCCCUCCCCCAUUUCCUCCCUCCCUCCCUUUUUUCCUUUUUCUCUGCAGAAAAUAAGUGACUUUCUCUUGAGUCUUCUUGAUAUGAAUGAAAUAUAUUUUCUCUUCUGAACCACAAAAGGAAAGCUAGUGAUUUAGUUAACAAUGAUCCAGAAUACUAAAUAAGUAACUUCAGAAUUAUUGAUGUGCGAUCUGUCCCAAAGGGAACUUAAAACAACUUGUAAAAAUUUUCAAGUUUUAGCCCUGGUUGGUGUGGCACAGUGGAUUGAGCACUGGCCUGUAAACCAAAGGGUCACUCUUCCAAUUCCCAGUCAGGGCACAUGCCUGGGUUGCAGGCUAAGUCCCCAGUAGUGGGUGAGAGAAAGGCAACCACAUAUUAAUGUUCCCCUCUCUCCCUCUCCCGCCCCAUCUAAAAAUAAAUAAAUAAAAUCUCUAAGACAAAAUUUCAAGUUUUCAACUGUUAAAAUUAUUUCAAGUUGACUGAUGUGCACUGCAAAGUUUUUGCAUAAAUUAAGCUUUUGUGUAGAAAUAGAUGAUGAUGGAAGUACAGCUUGAUGUUUAAAACAGAUUAAAUGUGCCCGAUAACAUUAAUUUUUUUAAAUGAGAAGAGUAAAUCUGUCUAAUUAUAUCACAGCAGCCCACCAGAGAGCUUCUAUGAGUAAUAGAGACAACUCUGAGUGCAUGAGCAGAGACUUGGAAACAAUGCGGCUCUCACGAAGGACGGGUAGCUCAGAAAAUGAAAUUCUCGGUUUGCCAAUAAUGAGGAAAGGGAGUAAUGUACCUUAAGGCAACAAUACAGAGAUACAAAAGAUGGAAGAAAUCAUUUGGCUCAAGUUGUGACAGAAGUUUAUGUAAAAGCUGUGGAGUUUGUGAAUACAAGGGGCCAGAGUACAGCCACAUUGCCAAGCUCUGCAGAUCAAGUGGACGAGAGUCCCCCAGUGGCCUGCGUCGGCCAGGCCAUCUCUGCAAUACUGACUUACAUUUUGGAGAAAAGCAGGACAUUGGUAAUCAAGAUGGUGAAAACUCAAAGCCAUUUCACCCAAGAAAGGACAGAAGGAAUUAGAAGUAUAUAUAUAUAUACUUUAUUUUUGUUACUCGUGGUAGUACAUUUUUUUUAAGAUUUUAUUUAUUUUUAGAGAGGGGAGGAGAGGGAGAGAAACAUCAAUGUGUGGUUGCCGCUCAUUCACCCACUACUGGAGACCUGGCUAGUAACCCAGGCAUGUGCCCUGACUGGGAAUUGAACUGGCAACCCUUUGGUUCACCAGGCUGGCACUCAAUCCACUGAGUCAUAGCAACCAGGGCUGUAGUCAUUAUUUUUUGUAAAAUCACCACUAAAUCAGCACUCAAUCAGUGCUCCCUAGGGAGAUACAGGAUUAGGUAUUUUUGUCAACGGAUCAGUACAAAACUUUGGUCAUGUGUUUUUCUGUUUCAAUGCGCCUUGUUUGUAUUGUUGAUUCAUUAACAUGGAACUCGCGGCCACAGCACUAAGUCAUGACUGAAUGAAGCUUGUCUUAAUAGAUGUGCUUUCUCCCUGUGGCACACCACUGCCUUCUUGUGCUCAGGAGCACUCCACAGCACUUUAGCACCAUGCUUGAGGGUCUUUUAAACAGCAAAAUUGCCAAAAAAAACCCCACAAAAAUGUGAGAAAUAUGGCACGAAAAUGGUAUUUGUUUAAGGUGUCAGCUUCAGAGCUGAGCAAGAGUGAUGCCUUGACCUCAUCCAGCACGUGUGUUAGGCACAUGUCCAUCGACCACAAAAGCACCACAAGUACCAAUUUUGGAAUUAUGAAUAAGUAUUAGCAAUUAGGGAGAUCGACAAUAAUUAGGAGCAACUGUAUAGUGGUUCCCAAAACGGCCAGACUGGGAGUGUCCCCAUUUAGCAGAUUGGGAAAUUGGUUAAGUGAUUUGAAAAUUAUGGGUUGAAACUAAGAUCGGAACCAAGUCUAUAGUAAUGUUGCUCUAGCAAAGACUUCUCUAAUGAAACUUUUUAAAAAUCAACUUUAUUAAGGUCUAAAUUUCACACAGUAAAAAGCAUACAUCUUAAGUGUACAGUUCAAUAAAUGUUGACAAAUGUGUAUAUCCAUGGAACCACCACCAUAAGCAAGAUAGAGGACAUUCCUAUCAUCCCAAAAUGUUUCCCUGAGCCACUGCCCAGUCAGCCCACACUCCACAGCCUGGUCCUCACUGGCCUGUUUCCUGUCACUGAUUUAGGCCUGCCAUUCUAGUUUCAUAGACAUGGAAUCAUACAAAAUAUACCUGUAUA